CAGGAAAGUGGCUUGCUGGUCAGUACUCUGCGGAGGAAGGAGUCUGUCCACAAAUUUCACCGUUGACUGGACUGUUUAUGUCUCGGGGUUACAGCACUGAGCUAGCUGAAGAGAUGCCUGUUUGAUUCCUGCUUUUAGUCACUCUCCUAUAUCUCAAGUAGAAGGGAACCACAUAGCUGGAGAAUCAGAUGUAUCGGUGCUGCAACUAAGUUCAUCUUGUCUCCCUGUCCGUCAGUGACAUGGUGAUGAUGGUGGCCUAGGUGAUAAAUGUGUGAGGAGAAAGCCCCUGUGGUCCUCUUGCUGCACCGCACACUUCCUCAUGGAUUCCAGCAAUGAUGAGGCACUUGAUAUCAUUAUCACCAAUGUGGUGGCUACCUUCAGGGUUAGGUGCCACCUCAACCUGCGCACCAUUGCCUUAGAGGGAAACAAUGUCAUCUAUAAACCGGAAGUAGGGAAAGUCCUGAUGAAGCUUCGUAAACCCAAGAUAACGGCCUCAAUCUGGUCCUCAGGGAAAAUCAUCUGCACUGGAGCAACAAGUGAGGAUGACGCAAAGGUGGGAGCUCGCAGGUUAUCACGUGUUCUGCAGAAGCUGGGCUUCAGGGUGAGGUUUUCAGCGUUCAAAGUUGUGAAUGUCCUGGCAGUGUGCUCCAUGCCGUUUGCGAUCCACCUUAUAGACUUCACGAAGAAAAACCGGCCCAUUGCCAGUUAUGAACCAGAGCUCCAUCCUGCUGCCACUUACAGGAUCAAACAUAUUAAAGCUACUAUACAGGUGUUCUCUACUGGCAGCAUCACAGUUACAGGACCAAAUGUGCAGAAUGUGGCCACAGCCGUUGAGGAGGUCUACCCACUACUGUUCGAGUGUAGCAAACCCCUCUGCAAAUAAAAGAAGAAAGUCAAAGGCGGAGGGACACAAGAGAAGACGCGUCUGAUUUGUUACAAGUGAAGAAGCACCUUGUCCUUGGGAUUUAUUCGCUUGAUUUUAUCGCUACGCAGCAACAGCCACAAACUUCUAACACAAGCAACAGACUGGAUGUCACCAGGAUUUAAACAAAUUCUCAACAAUCCCUUCCCUCUCACAAAAUGUCUCCGUUGUUGUGAAUUGUUCGGCUCUUGUGACUUUUAACAGCCUAAACUUACGAGUUCGUCUUUCAAACAUCAUAUUCUUCAACCUGCCAGGCACUGAAGGGGGAGAACGUUGUUUCCUCUCGCUCUUAAUUUGCCCUGGGUGUUUUUGCAUGGACACAGAAAGACCCGUUUUUAACAGUCUAACCAUUUUAAUGCUUAACAGUUGUGACCAUUGCGAAGAGUCCUUAUGAUAACACUGAGAAGCCUCACCUUUAACCCUGUGUACAAGAAGUCGUCCCAUUUGCCACUUUCUCUAGAAGAAUCUCCGUCCAUGCCUCGAUUGUAGACGUGUUGAUGCAAAUACAAGCCAUUGACUGUAUUACCCAGAUUUUUGCCCGAUUAGAAAAAUAGGUGUCAAGUCUGGACACAAAGUAAGAGCAGGUCCUUCUGCAGAUGCACAUAUCUGCUCACAAUAAGCAUUAAUCUCUGAUUUUAAUUAUUGGUUUGUCAGUUUCCUAUAAAUCUGUACUUCGUUCUUAACUGUGGCAUUAGAUCAGAAUGCACACGCAUUGUGAUGUCAUUUCCUAAUAAUGGUUUUAAACACAAGGCAAAUAUUAAAUUUGUUUAUUCUAGUCUGGAUUGAUGUCCUAAAUGUUUUCGGAAUGUAAUGAAAACUUUUAAAGGGUUCAGGUAUAUUUUAUUUUUCAGGUGGUGCGUUGUUGAGCCAAUGACCCCCUCACCUCACUCGUUUUCACUUGACACAGCUGCUGGUUAGUCCCAGGCUGCUGCUGCUGCCGCUGCCGCUGCUGCUGCUGAGACGAGCCAAGGCAGUCAAAAUUACAUUUUUAGUGAACGCUAGAAAAAAAUGUUUAUCACCAGAAUGGGUCUUGGAAACUGCUGUAAAGAUGCAGGACAAAAGUAACAGAAACUCAGUGAGAAAACGCAGUGUAAUUUGGUAAAUAACUCAUAAUUACAAAAGCAGCCAUUCAAUUAAGUCAUACAACGCUUUUUGAAGUAACAUAAGACCAUUCACAGUGUUCACGGAGGCCGUGCUUACGAAUAAAACAAACCCUUCAUCGAAUAUCAUUCUCCUAAACAAGAAAAAGUGUUUUUAAAUGGGAAAACCUAAUGACAGGCAACAUAGAUGUAUGUAUAUAGUAAAGGCAUCUGAUGGAAAAGAUGUCGAUCAAAUCUUUGACAUGUUGUCUUAAGUAUGUGGGAUGGACUUUUUGAACUAGUGUCGACUGAAAAUUUGUGACACUUGUUCAGAAUUUUGUAUUUUGUAUAAAAAUAAAGGUUCAUGAUAAAACUAC